AUUUUCGGUUGUCCGGUAGUGUCCGGUAGCUAAGGGAGCUAUUUUUGGACGAAUUCGCGUGCUUCACCGUGUUCAUCGGUUGACCACAGGCACAGUCCCAAGAGGAUCCGAGCGCUAUGACAGUACGGUGUGGAAAGUGAAUUGGGAGCAGUGGUAUAAAAUACUCGUACAGCAGCAUAUGUAGAUUCAUUAGCUUGCAGUCAUUUGUUUAAUCAACACGCAUAGAUUAAAAUAAAUUGAACGACAGGCCAGUUCGUUGGUUGGUUAGGACCUCCGGAACUUCCUGCAGUGCGAAAGUGAAAUUUUGAACGCAUUAACAUUAACGAAGAAGAAUAACAAUGAAAUCCGCUACGUGCCUGCUGCUGAUGGUGGGUGCCACCACCCUGUUAGGUGCAGUAUCCUGUGCAUCGAUCGCGUCCAAUCUAGUCGAGGAAGCCACUCCAAGAAUUAGCACCAGCGAGCAGCUGCUGUCGUCGAUUGUGAAUGAGUGCUUCGAUCAGGAUUCUGUGAUGAACUGCCUUAAGGGCAAGGUGCUAGUCUACUUGGAUGGAGUCCUGGGAUUGAGCGAGGAGCAGGCACGUGCCUUCGAAGAACAAAACGUAGACAAGGUGAUCUUCGAUCGGGUGGCACGUAUUCUCGCCUCGAACGAGUUCAAGCUGCAACUGCCAGAGGAUGCGGUCGUCAGUUAUCGGGCCGAUAAAGGCGUAAAUCUGGAUGUGCUACCAGCCGGACUCGGAGCCGAAUCCCGUGGUCACUUACUGAAGAAGAAACUCCUGCUUCCAGUUCUGCUGCUGUUCAAGCUGAAAAUGAAAGCCUUGAUGCCGAUCAUCGUCGCUCUGAUCGGUCUGAAAGCCAUGAAGGCGUUGAUCCUGUCCAAGCUGGCUAUCACGUUGGUGCUUGGUUUUCUGAUUGCCCAGCUAGUGAAGAAAUCCGGUCUCGGCAUGCCAAUGAUGUCGAUGAUGCCAAUGAUGCCACCAGCUGCCGAAUAUGGUGCCCCUGCCCCGGCUACGACUGAGGCACCAUCUAGCUACAAUCCGUCUUCCUGGGAACCGCAAUCCGGUGGUCCGUACUCGCGUGUUUGGGAACCGUCGACGUCGUCGUCGUCGCACAGUCUGGCCUACAGCUCCUACUAUCCAAGCUCCAGUGGAUCGUCGUACAGCUCAACUGCUUACAAUUCUGGCUCCUCGGGUUCCAGCUCUAGUUCGUCGCCAUCGUCCUCGUCGUCAUCCUCAUCGAAUUCAGCUCAUGCCUACUAGAGAAUCAAAAUAAACCAAAAAGCUGACAAGGAGUUUUCCACCGCAGAUCACACUAAUGUACAUAAAGGAAACAUGCCUUGAAAACCAAAAAAAAAAACAAUAUUUCAUCAUCAAGUCGAAACAACACAAUGCCAAAACGGUCAACCUUCUUGAUUGGGUGAACCAAUCAAACCAAGGGAUGGCCAGAAGCUGUCACAAGAAUUUCGUUGAAAUUAUUUACUGUUAAUAUUUAUUUGCUUUC